AUGUUAAACUCCUUCAAGAAUGCAGUGAGACCUCCUGCUGUAUUCUCUCUCUCUCGCUCUCGCUCUCGCUCUCGCUCUCGCUCUACUUUGAACGGGGCGGUCUGUGUGCACCAGAUCUUUGUUCUGUCUCCCGGUACUGACCAGAUGUCUGUUCAGAUGCCACUUGCCCUAUUUCUGCAUGAUAUUAAAGCCUCAGCUUUGCCAAUAAUCUGCAUGUUUGUAUAUUUUUCAGUUGGGGAAUUCGUGAGUGACGUCCUCUUGGUGCCAGAGAAGUGUAAAUUCUUCCAUAAGGAGCGUAUGGACAUGUGCGUGAGUCAUCAGCAGUGGCACGGUGUGGCCAAAGAGGCCUGCUCUAAGGGGAACAUGGUCCUGCACAGCUAUGGCAUGCUGCUGCCCUGUGGCAUCGAUAAGUUCCACGGCACUGAAUACGUCUGCUGCCCGUCUACUCGUCCUGAAGAGCCCACACCUCCUGCUUCACCCUCUAAAGAGCUAGAUGAAGAGGAUGAAGACGAGGAUGAGGAGGUGGAGGAGCCUGUCGUUGAGGAUGAGGAUGAUGAAGCAGUAGAGGAGAGCGAUCCUGUUGCCAACGAGCCGCCCACUCCAGAGGACACAGCUGAAGAGGAGGAGCAGGAGGACGACGGAGACGAGGAGGACUACCACUAUGUGUAUGAAGAUGAAGAGGACGACCGAGACAGUGAGGAAAAGGACAUGAAGAAAGACAAAGCUGCCAUCCCUGAGAGCCAGGAUGUUGACAAAACUCUGCAGGAAGUGGAAGCCAUGCCGCCCACCCCUCAACCCACAGAUGAUGUGGAUGUGUACUUUGAGACCCCAGCAGAUGAUAAAGAGCACAGCCGUUUCCAGAAGGCCAAGGAGCAACUUGAGAUCAGACACCGCAACCGCAUGGAGAGGGUGAGGAAGGAGUGGGAGGAAGCUGAGAGCCAGGCCAGGAACCUACCCAAAGCUGAGAGACAGACACUGAUCCAGCACUUCCAGGCUAUGGUGGAGUCCUUAGAGGAGGAGGCAGCCAGCGAGAAACAGCAGCUGGUGGAGACUCAUCUUGCCCGGGUGGAGGCCAUGCUGAACGAUCGCCGCCGUCUUGCCCUGGAGAACUACCUAGCCGCUCUGCAGGCUGAUCCACCAAGGCCCCACCGUAUCCUGCAGGCUCUGAAGAGGUACGUGCGUGCCGAGAAUAAGGAUCGUCAGCACACCAUCCGCCACUACCAGCACGUUCUGGCCGUGGACCCUGAGAAGGCCGCCCAGAUGAAGUCCCAAGUGAUGACCCACCUGCGGGUGAUUGAGGAGAGGAUGAACCAGAGCCUGUCCCUGCUCUAUAAGGUGCCCUACGUCGCAGAGGAGAUCCAGGAUGAGAUUGAUGAAUUUCUGCAGGAUCAAAAGGCAGAUAUGGACCAGUUCCUGUCCUCCAUCUCUGAGUCACAGCCUGAUGUUACUGUGUCCUCUGAGGAGAGUGUGGAGGUUCCUGCCUUUGAAGGAAAGCCUUUCCGCCCCUUCCAGGUCAACUCUCUGGGCUCCCCCGCUGAACCCGAGGGCGAUCUCUCUGAACCCCCUCGUGCCUUCAAGAAAGGCUCUGGCAUGAACAGUCUGGAUGGUCUGAUUGGAGCAGAGGAAAAAGUCAUCAACAGCAAGAUCAACGAAAAUGUGGUGAUUGAUGAGACUCUGGAUGUUAAAGAAGUGAUUUUGAAUGGUGUUGAUCCUCUGUUCAGCCGUGGAUCAGACCAGGAGACGUUCCGCCCCCUGGUGGAUGAUUUCAGCUUCAGAAGCAGCGCUCUGAUUGGCCUGCUGGUGAUUGCAGUGGCCAUAGCGACCGUGAUUGUGAUCAGUCUGGUGCUGCUGAGGAAGAGGCAGUACGGCACCAUCAGUCACGGCAUUGUGGAGGUUGAUCCUAUGCUAACUCCAGAAGAACGUCACCUGAGUAAGAUGCAGAACCACGGCUACGAAAACCCCACCUACAAAUACCUGGAGCAGAUGCAGAUUUAGCCUUCAUGGGGCGCUGUGGAGCUAGAGAGGGGUGAACAUACUACUGACCAAUUAUAAAACUGCUCUCAAAUCAUUUCAUGCAUUUGAAAUGCAUAUUCUGGUUCAUUUAAAGAAACAAAAAACAGUGGUUUAUUAAUACUACUACUUCUAAUACUGCUACUGUUGGAGCGCAAUUUUAUGCUCUUGUAACUUUUUAUUUUAUUUUAAAGUCAACUGUUUUAAAUCAGGAGAACAUGAUUCUGCAAAUUAGCCUAGAAUUGAUUUUCCGUCAUUGAAAUCGGAACGUAUUGUAAUGUCAUUUUAAAUGUUAAUUUUAUAAAGUUCAGAUCUAGUCUAUGGAGGUACAGCAAAGCCAAAACAAUCAAAACGAGACCGCAGUUUGUCUACACCAUCGCUGGCCGCCGGAUAUACUUCUUUUAAAUAGAUCGCUUGUAUAUGAAGGUUAUUUGUAACGACUUAAAUGUAUAGUGAAUCAGAAAAUAUGAAAAGAAAAUCCUUAAUUCAUUUACUUUGCAAUUAUUAAAAACACACAAUAUAUACAUAAAUAGAAAAAGUAGAUGGUCAAUUUAUUCAGUCUUUUUUUUUUUUUUCUAGAGCUUAAAUCUUGGCUGGGUUACAGGUUUAAACUUUGAGAUUAAAGGACUGAUAUUCCCGGUCCAAACAUCUGAUACCAUCGCCUGUGUAAGAUACGAUGAAUGGUUCGAACUGAAUGGCGUGACGGCCUGCCAGAUAUUUUGGCUGAUUGUGAAUGUAGAGGUGCCCAAUUUCAGUAACAUUUACUAUGUCAUUUGUUUUUAUCUUUUGGUUAUGGUAUCAUAUACUUGGACCAAUAAACGGUGUGGCCCCUGCACAUGAUUGGUUGGAAGGGCCACAAGGUUAGGGGCCUCCAGUCUCCCAUAUCACACUAAAAUGUCUCUUUAUUCUGAAUUAAUGUUAUUUUUCCUGCCGUUACAUGCACACACUCCAACGCUCCCUUUUUAUAGUAAAUCUGGCCUGAUAAAAUGUUGCAUUCAGCUUAGGUUUAUCGCAGUUAUACUGUAUUUUUAUUUAAUAGCUGCCUAAUGAGAACUGGCAUGGAGAGUUUUAUCGUGUGGCAAUACUUUGCACACAUUGCUUACAUCAAAGAGAGCAUAAAGUCGACUGUAAUUAUACUACUACGAUAUAUAUAUAGUUUAUAGCUUAAGUCCCACAAGGACAUACCCUUGAAAACCAUGAUUAAAUGCAAAAACGCACUAACGUUACUCAGCUGGAGGCCAAGGCAAGUGUAAGAAAUGUUUUGCAUGUCCACUACGAUGCAAGGAAUAAAUUGAGUCAAUUUUUUUUUUUCUCUCGCUCUCUCUCUUCCCCCUUCUUAGCAAUGUCUUUGUAUGCCUGUAUAGUUGAUGCCGCAAUCAUGGCUUUUAUCAAGGACAACCUGUGGUGUGCAUUGUUCUUAUAUGAGAUGUUAUGAUAUAUAUUUUUAAGUUCUUUUAUUUUCAAUUUUUUUCCCCUCUUCCUGUGACAGUAUUUCUGUGUGACUUUCACUAUGCACCUAAAUGGCUCCAAUCUUGGACCUUGUCAUUGCCUGCUUGAUUGUGGAAAUGGUCAUAGGGGUGAGGGGAAAAUAAUACAAAGUUCAUAUAUUAGAAGUAAAAUAUGGUUGAAUCCAGUGGAAAAUGGCUUCUUGGUUGCAGGUGGGAAACACAUCAAUAAAUUCACUACUUCCA